UCGGUUUUUCGGUAUCCUUUACUUUUUUUUCGAUCCCAUAGGAUUUCUUCAAUAAUUAAAAAAAUUAUCAGUGUUAGUAUCCUCUAUUUUAUUCUAUUACAAAAGAGAAAUUUAAAUUGCACUGCGUGAGAGAAAAAGCAAAGAACGAAUUGUAUCGAAAAAUGACAACUGUGGAAGAUGCAUUGGUUAGGUAUCCACCCAGCGUAUCAUCUCGAUGUUCUUCGAGAUCCACCAUAGGUCCAGGAUGCCCAAGGUGUCCAAAUGUUCAACCACCUGCCACUGGCACGUCUGCAGUUUGUUUUCAGCUUACGUAUACUUGCGAUAGGUAUGCGUACAGUUAAAGUCGUCAAACAAUAUUGAUAUUAAAAAUAAUAAAUUUCUCCAGGAAGAAUAUCGAUAUUAUUAUUUUCUUAACAGUGCCACAUAUUCACCUUGUUAUUAUCCACGUCCGGUAUAUUGCCAGCCUCCCGCGAAACCGCCAGUGAAAACAGUUAAUUGUUGUCUGAAAUGGUUCGAUUGCUAUGGAAAACCUGUUCCUGAAUAUUUCCGUUAAAUUAUGUUCUCGUUAUUUUGUAUUUCUCAUGUGAUUAUAAAUAGUAAGCAUACCACGAAAAAACACGAAUGCAUACUAAUCACGACACGUAUACACAUUUUACGUACAUGUUCCUACUACAUAGAUGUGAAUUUAAAGAACAGAAGAAACAUGUAAUCGAUUACGAACGAAUGUAAAAGAACGCACAUUCAUUGCGUGAAUUCCGUCAAAAUUUUCUGCGUAAUACAGUCAUUAUAUUUUCAAGUCGUUAUGGAUUAUUCCAUUAUAAUUUUAUUAUAAUAAAAUAAUGUACUGUCGUCAGGAGAUAAAAAGAACCAGCACACUACCACCACUGUGUUGUCAUGGUCCUAAACCAUUGCCAUACGUUUGGCCUAAAUAUGGCUGUCCCCCUAUACAAGAAUGCCCACCUCUAAUUUGCUGUUAUCCUACUAAUUCGUGCCCACCUUUGGUAUGUGAUUCAACUGGUUCACUGGUCACCAAUACAAGUUGUUCAAAUCGAAUAUCUUAUGAAUUAUUUGGAUUAUGCAUUAUAUGCAGACCACGACCAGAACCACCAUCUCGACCACCUACUCUAUGUAUUGCUGGUCCUUGUCCAGCACUCGCUGGACCAUUCCCUCCGUAUUGUCCAACAUCUCAUUGUCAGAAAAUAAUAUCACCAGCUUCCUGCGUGCGAUAUUGUAUUCGUUCUACGUGUGGAGAAUCCACCUAUGCUCCUUGCUACUCUUCUAAUUUACCAAAAUGUCCUCGUACAGAUUGCUGCUGA